CCCUCCUUGCGCGUAUUCAAUAACCCAUUGCCCUUGCGCUCAGACGCAAGACGCGCCAUUUGCUAUACAUUUUCUCGUAAUGGCAUUGAUAAACGUUUCACGAGAUUGACUUUCGUGAUCAAAGUAGGCCUAUUAUACACACAAAAAUAACAAUUGCUUGUUGUUUGGAAAACAAUCGGCUACGACUACUUUAACUACGCAAAAUGGGUACAAACACUAAAGAAGCCUUUCCUGAAUCAAAAGAGUUUUUAGACAGGACGGAGGAAUUAAACGGUACUUUAUUCGACGAAAACGGCAAACAAAUGACUGCAGAACCUUUGGAAGAUGCUCUUUUGGCGGAUCCAGACGACUGUGGUCUAUGUGGGAACACGUUGGUAGUGCCCCGAAUGCUACACUGCCUCCAUGUGUUCUGCGAAGCAUGUAUCGACAAGAAAUUGUCUGGAGAAGGUGGAGAUGCUGGCACAGUGGACACUUCCAUCACCUGUCCCACAUGCACUUAUGUUUCAAAGGUGGGCAUAAAAAAGAUGGCCGCCCUUCCGCUGGACGUGACGAAAACGAACAUCUCGGACGUGUCCAACAUUUCGAACCUGUAUUGCACGUCGUGCACCGCCAAAGAGGUUGCCAAGUCGCGCUGCAGCACCUGCCACAACCUGCUGUGCAACAAUUGCGACUCUGCGCACCACUACAUGCGCUGCUUCGAGUCGCACAAGGUGGUGGCGCUGGACGAGCUGCGCAAAAACGGCGACAAGAUCACCGUGCACAAGCCGCUCACCUGCGACUUCCACAAGGACGAGAACGUGAACUUCUAUUGCCUGCAGUGCCAGAAGACCGUGUGCCCGGAGUGCACCAAGCACGAGCACCAAGGCCACCACUGCGAGAACAUUCUCGACUGGGAGGUGCGCGUCAGACAGGAGAUGGAGCUGCUGAUGACGAAAAGCAAGGAGACCGUGGACGUGCUAGUCAAGUCUCUGAACGGUUUGAGCAACGGUUUGGAGGAGCUCGCGCAUCAGCGCUGCUCGGCCAAAGAUUUGAUCAACGAGACCUGCCAAAGUUACAAGGCCAUCGUUGAAAAGUGUCGCGACAACGCGUUGGAAGAGUUGAGCCGCUUGUACAGGGAGCGUGAGCUGAAGAUCAUGAAGGAGAACGACGAGGUGGGCAAGUCGAUCGAGCACUUUGAGGACGCGUGCAAGUUUACUCUGCUGCUGAUGGAGACGGGCACCGUAUCGGAAAUGAUGUACCUGCGUCGCUUGUUGCAGCAACGCUUGCAGGAGCUGAACGACAGCCGCCCCAUGCUGAGCGCCGCCUUCAACAUCGAGUUCCGCUCGGACUUUGACAAGUUCGAGGCGAUGGUGCGCGAGUUCUUCGGCAAGUUCAGCACCGAGACCGCCGACGAGGACGACGACGACGACGAGGAGGAUGAGCAGGAGGAUGCGGAGGAGGAGGGGGAGAGGGAGGAGGAGCGACAGCAGUAUCGGCAUCGCUCCAGCGCCAGCCCCGGCCUCUCGGACUUUGGCGCUUUGGCUUUGACCAACGGGAACGGUCACGCUUCCCUCAACAGCAGCCCCUUCGAAGGGGACGUGGCCGCCAUCAACCACCACAUGCAAAACUUCAACAUGGCGCAGAGUCCGCCGCCUUUGUCUCAGGUCACCUCUUCGGCUUUGCAGCACUUGGCCGGCUACAACAUCAAUCAGCUGGCCACCAUGACGGAGAGCGUCGGCAGCGCCGCCACAUCUCCCACCCCACAAUUUAUUCUCGCCGAUCUUCUGGCCAACGACAACGCGUGCAGAAACCUGGCGUCGCUGGCGAAGCUCGGACUGGGAGGAGGAACCGACCAGGCAAUGACGAACGGAGACAUGCUGGUCCGGUCGUCGUCGACGGCCUCGCUGAACCUGACAAACAACCACCACCAGCACCAUCACCACCAGCACCACCACCACAAUCUGAUGAACGGUUUCGGAGCCGUGUCCACGUCGUCGACUUCGCCGCUGCUCUCCACCCCCGACGACAUUUUACCCUCCGAUCCCCUCACCUCUAUUCUCCCUGCUCCAGGCACGAACGCCGCGUCGUCGGCCGUCGGCGGUCAAUCGUCGGCCGUGGCCGUCCAAUCGGCAGCCGCCGCCGCCGCCGCCGCCGCAGCGACCGUCACGCGCUCGAACAAGGUCAGCCCGAUGCAGAUUCGGUGCAAGUUUGGCCAGCUGGGACCGUCCAAGGGCCAAUUCAACUCGCCGCACGGCUUCUGCCUCGGCUUGGAAGAGGACAUCAUCGUCGCCGACACCAACAACCAUCGCAUACAGGUGUUCGAGAAGACUGGCAGCUUCAAGUUCCAGUUCGGCAUCCCCGGCAAGGACGAGGGGCAGCUGUGGUACCCGCGCAAAGUGGCCGUGAUGCGGCCGACUGGCAAGUACGUGGUGUGCGACCGCGGCAACGAGCGUUCGCGCAUGCAGAUCUUCACCAAGAACGGGCACUUCGUGAAGAAGAUCGCGAUCCGCUACAUCGACAUCGUCGCCGGACUGGCGGUGUCGUCGCGCGGCGAGAUCGUCGCCGUCGACAGCGUCAGUCCCACCGUCUUCAUCAUCGGCGAGAGCGGCGAUCUGCUGCGCUGGUUCGACUGCAGCGACUACAUGCGCGAGCCCUCGGACAUUGCCAUACACGGCAAAGAAUUUUACGUUUGCGACUUCAAAGGGCACAACGUGGUGGUGUUCAGCGAGGAGGGUCACUUUUUGCGGCGCAUCGGCUGCGAGAAUCUCACAAACUUCCCGAACGGGAUCGACAUUAGCGAUGCGGGCGACGUUUUGAUCGGAGAUUCGCACGGAAACCGCUUUCACGUGGCCGUCUUCUCCAGAGACGGUUCCCUCAUCUCCGAGUUCGAAUGUCCCUACGUCAAGGUUUCCCGUUGCUGCGGCUUGAAGAUCACGUCGGAGGGCUACGUGGUGACGUUGGCCAAGAACAACCAUCACGUGCUGGUGUUGAACACCCUGUAUAUCCUGUAAAACCCCUGAAUGUUGAGAAGCUGUUUGAUCGUUGUUAUAUUGAAUCUUCGGCAAGUUGUGUGUUACCCGCCUCUUUCAAAAAAUAAAAAAAAAAUUCACAAAAAAUAAUGAGCAGUCGAUCUGUGGCAUUUAACAAGUUUUUGAUAGAAAUAUUUUUGAUGUGCGCCUCGUUGCAGAACGUACCCCCUUUUCCCCGCCGCCAUGAACCUUUGUACUGCUUGUUUUUUUUAUUUCUUAUUCGUAUGAGUAAUGAGUAGAGAAGGUAGGUUGCUGUUUUUCCGGGUUCGAAUACAUUCUGCAACGACGUUUUAAAAGGAAAUCCUCUGUAAUACAAUCAAUCACUACUUAUUAUUAUUAAUUAUUAUUAUAUGUAAUAAUGAUGAUUCUGGCUUGGCCAGUUUAUAUGUACCUUUAAGUAGCACUCUUGUGUCUCUGCUUAACCUCAUAACAACAAACUUACAAAAUUCGCGUUUUUUAAUUUUUUAAAAUCAACCACUUUUAAAUACGUACAUAUUCAUAUACAUAUACAUAGUAGUUUACGAUAUUAUAUAUAUGUAUUAUUACAAUUAAUUAUUAUACCUACUUGUGUAGAGCUAAGCUCUAAUCCAACUACAUAUUAACUAACUCUACUUGUAGUAGCUACUACACAAUAACAGUUGCAAAUAUUGAAAUAUUUCUUAUCCUAUAGUUAUUACUUAUAUUGCCUUAAGUUUUACAUAUGUAUAUGGUUAUUCAGGGUUGCAAGAGCCAACUGAGCUCGUGUAUUUUUGGAACUGUUUUUUAUUUAAAUUGUACCGAGGUUGUUUUUAAUUUGUAAGUUAUUAUAUUAUCGGUUUUUUGAAUAAAUAUUUAAAAAUACAA